AGACACAUCCCUUGCUUUUGUGCAGUGUGGUCUGUCUGUUCUCUGCCUGUCCACCAAGUAAAUGAGGAGGUGUUUCGUUAAAUCCGAGCACAGGUACUCGAAUUUCUGUGCGAACUGCUGCCAAGCCAAGUUCCAGUCGGCUGCAGUCUGCUUGACUUGGACACACACAACAAUCUGCUUAAUAGAUUACUCCCAUAACUAGGCAUUUCAUCAGGGAAGAUGGAAUUUGAACUCUCAUGACCAACCUUGAAGAGAAAUAACAGAAACUAGACUGCCUAGGGUGCAAUGGAUAAUGAGAGAGUACAUGGAAAUGCCAGCAAAUCCCUGGGAGCGGAAGGCCAGCCACAUGCAUCUUCUCUAUCAAAUCCGUUGAUGAGUGAUUUUGUUUCAGAAUGGUCUCCUUUACAUGAUGCCUCUAUCCAUGGGCGUCUCCUUGCUCUGAAGAAACUCAUCAAUCAGGGGAGCAGUGUUAACCUCAUUACCGCAGAUCGUGCAUCUCCACUCCAUGAGGCCUGCCUAGGGGGCCAUGCUGCUUGUGCCAGUGUCCUAUUAAAACAUGGGGCUCAAGUGAAUGGAGUCACUGUCGAUUGGCACACCCCCUUGUUCAACGCUUGUAUCAGUGGCAGUGUGGCAUGCCUAGACCUUUUAUUGAAGCAUGGAGCCAGCCCGCAUGCAGCCUGUGAUGUGGCAUCACCCAUCCAUGAAGCUGCUAAGAGGGGUCAUGCUGACUGUAUUGAAUCCCUUGCAUCUCGUGGAGUAAAUAUAGACCACAACAUUGACCAUCUGGGCACUCCGCUUUAUAUUGCCUGUGAGAACCAGCAGGUAAACUGUGCCAAGAAGUUACUUGAGUCAGGAGCAAGUGCAAAUCAUGGCAAAGGCACGGACUCCCCUCUCCACGCAGCUGCCAGGAAUGCCAGUGCUGAGCUGGUGAACUUGCUGAUUGAUUUUGGAGCAGAUGUUCGGGCGAGGAAUGCAGAAGGCAAAAAGCCAGUGGAGCUGGUUCCACCAAACAGUCCCUUAACACAAGUAUUUGUGCAGAAAGAAGGAGGCUCUAACAUGCAUCUCAAGAGAUGGUGCAACAAGUAUAUGUGCUAAGUCCUACCUUCUAAGGUCCUACUUAUGUACUACAUAAUCAACCUAUCCAAUCAGUAGGACCAAAUCUUAUUUCUACUUUUUUUAAAGCAGCUACUAUCUAUCUGUAAAUCACAAUGGUUACAACACCCUCCCCUGCCCCCAUUAUUUUUUUUACAGGGUAAAAAUUACCCUCAUGAAUUCUGAGGGAAAAGUUAUUUACCAUUUACUGGACAGAUUGGAAAAUUUUCUCUAGCUGAUACAGUUAAUUAUUAUUGUAAUAUAUCGUUUUAGGUUUUCUCAUUGAGUUAGGAAACUAUAUUUAGUAUUGCAACCUGGACUUUCAGAAGGAAUAUAGUAAAAGAAUAGGUAAGGUACCUUGCUGGAGUCCAGAGGAGUAAGUGUGAAUUCUUCUCCAGACUCAUGCCAAAGGCUUUCUCUACUUUGACCCACCUGCAAAUGGGGUCUUGUUUGUUCAGUCUGGGAAAUCAAAGGCAGCCAUAUGUGAUGCUCCUCACAUCACCCCUUUGUGUGCUCUUAGCUAUAUAAGCCAGGCUGCUAGGCUUCGGGGAACAUUCGAGUCCCUCUUUUUUAACCUGAACAUUCAUUAUAUUAAACAAGAUGUUGUUAACAUGAUCCAUGACAACAAUAAUCUAGUUCUAUGCUGGUGUGAGUACCGAGGUCAGUAGUUAUAUCAAUGUAAAACUGGAGUGAUGCAAUAAGAAAUCAGACUGUGUGCAUCUAAUACAUAAUGUUAAUAAUCACAUGGUACUGUAUGCAGCAACCAUUUCUAUUUCCUAUGUAAUCUGUUGUACACAAAGCUAUAAUGUUAGAGAGCUCAAAUCCUCUCUACAUUAUGCUUCUGACUCAUGCUGCAUUUGUCCUGUUUAUCUGAGAUAGUUUAUUAUCUCACACAUGCUUCAGAGCCACAUGAAAUGUUGCAUGGGAUAGACGGUAAUUAAUACUUUUAAGUGAAUUUCUGAUUUAUGUGUGAUUGAAGUCAGUAAUUAAAAAACUGAAGAGCAUUUUGCUGCUGAGGAGUAUUUUCCAAAUCUUCAAAAUCCCUUACCUGAGUAAGUUUCAGGUUUGCUGGCAGCUGAUUUUUAAAUUGUUGGUUCAUACAGCUGAAGCCAUGCUAAUGCCAUUCUCUUGUUUAACUCUGAAGUUCCAUUCCUGCAGCAUUACUUCCUUCUGGCUUAACUCAGAUUCAUUCAACAAGCAUCAUGGUUUCCAGCAAUGGCAGCAGGUGAGCUAUACUAAUUUCUCCAACCCUGUGUUGCUUCUUUUAUUCCAAUAGAUGCACCUGGUGAAUCAGACUUGGCUUUCCUUCUGUUGUCUUUCCCUUUACUAGACACAUUUUGGAAGGCUUCAGCUACCAAUUCAUUGGAAGAGCAAGGUCUAGCUAGGGGAUUUUGCUACCCUAAGCUAAUUGACCAAGGUUUCAACCCACAGUCCCUAAUUCAGUAUUUUACUGCAGCAGCUAGUGGCCAUGUGUGAUAAAAACAGCCUUGUAUGUGGUCUGGAGAGAACUAAAUAAAGAAACAAAACUGAAUCACAGGCUUAAAAGAAUGAGCUCCUUCAUCCAAUUCUCUAGGCAAUGGGAUUGAUUUUUUUAAAGUAAACUUUUCUGUUUCUUUUUUUCUUUUGUUGGGUAAAAGCUUUCUGCUUUGGGAUUUUUAUGAACUUUUAAGCACUUGAAAGGCAAGAUAACACGUUUAAGGUAAUAACACAAAGACCACUUUAUAGUGCGAUGGGCCAGCUUUGUUUCCGUCAACUGCAGUUCCAUCAGUUCAAGUAGGACCAGAAGUAAGCCCUAAUGUGUAAGCUGGAUCCUCCACUUUGCACUUUUUGUAGUUUGUAAAGCUUGUGCAGAGUAAUUCAAAAUGCUGCUGUUCUGACUUGGGAAGUCUUGCAUUUCUCUUGCAUAGGCAUAAAGGGCUACAUAAAAUAGAAGAGAGUAGAUUUCCGAGCCCUGUGUAUCGAUCAGUUUCUUUAGUGCUUUUUUGAGGCACUUGUCUGCCGGCUGACAAGGCCCUAGUCCGAAAGGGAGCCCAGCCAGCUGUGAAGAACUGUUGGGAAAGUGGUGGUUAGUGUGUGGGAAGGACUCAGAAAACAGCUGCUUUUGAAGCUGCUAGUCUAGUGCACAGUCUUUUUAGCACCAGCUGUUUCCAUUGGUACUUUCCUCUUGCUUACCCACAGUUACUAACAAUCCAGCGAGAAAUUCUUUGGUUACCACAAAUUCUUUUAUCUUACACUUUCAUUUCUAAAAUCUUAACCAAGACUUUUUUUUGAGCUGGCCACAUUAUCUCUGAUUCGCCUUUGCUCUCUAAAACACCUCUCAUAAAGCUGCUGUACUCUUAUACUGCUUGUACCCGUCCCACAUUGGUACUUUCUAUCUUCCCCUGCUUGUCUGUGUUCCUUAUCUACUCUUGUAACUUUUGUGGAGUUCUCCUUACUGCUGUGCUUUAUCAGAUAGCUAUACGAAUAACACACUGCGUGAUUAAAUAUUAAAAUUGUAAUUGUAGUUCAAUAUGUUAUAUCCUUAAUGAGAAGGAUAAGCCCUCCAGUGAGCAUGUUAUGCUAUUAUACUUAAAUAAACCACAUUGAUUCCUUAACAGGACUUGUUUUAUCAGCACGGGGCCAUUUAAUCUUGAAGGUUUAAAUAAGGGAUUAUAUAGUGUUUCUCUUGCUUUGUGUUUAUCACUGCUGUACAGUUAGGAAAUACUUCUGGAGAAAGCAGUGGACUGCAAACUUGAAUCUCACUCAGUGGGAAAGGAUUUUGAAGGAAACAUUAAUCAUCUCUUAUUUUUAGACAACAUAAAAUUCUUAACAUUUGUUAUACAGCUUAUAGGAAAAUAAUGAAACUAUUAAUCAUGGGUGCAUAAUGAUUGGGACUGACUGGCUGAUUCAAAGACAGCAUUUUGUGUCUGUAUAUUCUGGGACUGAGUUUUCCACCCUUACGUCUUGCAUGAUCAUUUAAAUGUACAUGGUGACUUAAAUUGUUACCACUAGUGUGAGUGAGGGGAGAAUUCUGGUUUGGUGGUAUGAUACCCAUUUUGGACAGCUAUAAAUGACUAUACAGUUUUAUAUCCAUAUAUUUUAUAAAUAGAUUUGUGUAGCUGA